UGGAGGUUGUGUGUUGAGGGAUGUGAUAUCCGCCCUCCUCAAACAUACCAGAACAUAGUGAAUAAACUCAGUUUAACGUUUCCCAACAAUCAUCUUUUGUAAUGAACACACUAUUAGCUUGACAUCCCGCUGCUUCAUGGUCUCGUCACUGUCAGUGUUAGUUUGGUCUGGAGAUUUCCUUGUGAAUGGGUUGAAUUUGUGAGAUCACAGCCAGAGAGUAUUUCUCCAUUGAUUUGUGCAUUGGGACUGUUUGCAGAUCUCCAUUGUCAAAGGUGGUACACACACUUGCUUUAUAUUAAAACGUUGUGCCCGUACAAAAAGUAAAGACAGCAGCACUUAAAAUGCCUCUUGGAUUGGGACGCAGAAAAAAAGCAUCUCCUCUCGUGGAGAAUGAGGAGGCAGAACCAAUCCGGGCUGGACUAAAUGUCCCAGGGCUGGAUGGACUAGAUGGACGUGGGGUAGGACUGGGUGAAGGAGCUGCUAGAGAGGGUCUACCGCCUCCACCCACCAGCCUGCGACCCCGUCUGAUCUUCCACACCCAGCUGGCUCACGGCAGCCCCACGGGUCGCAUUGAAGGUUUCAGCAAUGUGCGUGAACUGUAUUCAAAGAUAGGAGAGGCCUUUGGGAUUCCUCCAUCAGAGGUAAUGUUUUGCACACUUAACACUCAUAAAGUGGACAUGGACAAACUUUUGGGUGGCCAGAUUGGAUUGGAGGACUUUAUAUUUGCUCAUGUGAAGGGCCAGAGGAAAGAGGUGGAAGUCUUUAAAGGAGAGGAUGCACUAGGGCUCACCGUCACUGACAAUGGCGCUGGCUAUGCCUUCAUUAAGAGAAUAAGAGAAGGCAGCCUUAUUUAUCAGAUCCAGGUAAUCGGUGUGGGCGACAUGAUUGAGUCAAUCAACGGGCAGAUACUCAUUGGCUGUCGCCAUUAUGAGGUAGCCAAAAUGCUGAAGGAAUUGCCCAAAGGGAAAACCUUUGUCCUGAAGCUGGUGGAACCUAUGAAGGCUUUUGACAUGAUCAGUCAGCGUUCGGGGAGCAAGUCAGGCUCUGCUCAGUUAGGAACGGGUAGAGGAACUCUGCGCCUGAGAUCAAAAGGACCAGCCACCGUAGAGGAACUGCCCUCAGCGUUUGAGGAAAAAGCCAUUGAAAAAGUCGAUGACCUUUUAGAGAGCUACAUGGGCAUUAGAGACAGUGAACUCGCUGCUACGAUGGUGGAGCUCGGAAAGGACAAAAAGAACCCAGAUGAGUUUGCCAAAGCUUUGGAUGAGACUCUGGGUGACUUUGCAUUUCCAGAUGAAUUUGUGUUUGAUGUGUGGGGUGCCAUAGGCGAUGCAAAGGUUGGUCGCGUGUAAUUCUUGAAGUGGCCAUUCUAGGAAACACUCCUUUUAAGAACACUAUAUAAUUUGUUUUCAGAUUGUUAAUUUAUGGGAGCAUUCUCUGGGAUGCUUUUAAGAAUGCUGGAGCUACUUCUCUUUAGGACUCUAGUUUAACAUUUGCUGUCAUAUUUUAGCUGGAGACACGAUCAAGACACUAUAUUGAAUGCAUUUAAAAAAACAUGUAUUCAGAUUAGAGUUGAAGUUGAGCCUUUUUUAAAUGAAAUGUCUUUCUAGUAGGAUAUUAAAUAUUAAGACAAUGACACUUUUGAAUACAUUUAAUUAUUAACAUGAUUAUUCAGUUUUUUACUGUGACUUUCACUUUGCACUGUGUUGCCCAACGCUGUAUAAAUUGUAUGGUAUGGCACAGCUCGCAGAACACACACAGAGGCGAUGCUGGUCUGCGCUGUUGUGUCCUCCACUGUGUGGACCUGCCCUGUCCCAUGCCAGAGUUACAGACCUACAGAGUUAUCAACAACACUAUAUAAUGAUUCCCUAAAGCAUGUGUUGUCUAAUAAUGUAUUCAAAGGAUUCAAAGUGGUUUUAAAGUUGUCGCAAUGAAUUGAAAAUUGAAUGGGACAGUUUUCAAGUGACCUCUGGUGCUUUACAUUCCCAAUUCUGUGACUUUCAGAUUGAAAUUGCUCUUAUUUUAAAAGAGUAAAAGAAAUGGGGAAAGGAAACAUAAAACAUCAGUUUUGCUUUUUGGAGUGUGGUGAACUAACGCUGAAUGCCAAACAUAAGGAUCUUUUUUUCCAAUCAAGUUAGUAUUCAGGUAUCAAAGUAUUACAAACAGUAUUUCAUCUGUUACAGUAUUUAUCAGUAAUGAUUGAGAUAACAUGAAGGGCUUACAAGUAGGGCUGGGUGAUGUACUAGCUAUAAAAGAUAUAUAACUUGAUAUUUUACAAACUUUCAGACGAUUUGUUGAAUAUCAAUAUGUUUAAAAGUUUUUUAAUCAGUGGAACAAAACAACAAUUGUAACCAAAUAGAUUCAAAAUGUUUAUUAUUAGAAUUACAACAGCAAAAAUCUAGUUUGAGUUCUGAUCAAGUGGAAGACUGACAUUGAAUAAUUUUCAUUUAUUUUACACACCAAUAUAAAAACAAUACAUGGUAAUAUUUACCUGUGUAUAUAUUUCUACUAACACGCGUAGACUUCCAUAAACAUUUUUGAGUGAUGAAAUUAUUAUAAUUUUUUCAAUCAUAUUUAUUUUUAUUGGUUCAUAGAAAGAAACAGUUUAAACUCAGAAAUGAAUUCUUUCAGAACUUGUCAGCUCUAAUGCUACGGAUGUUCUAAUCAGAAACACUGAUAAAACAUCUGUAUUGACACUUGAAAACUAGCGAGUUGUGAGUCAAUGGGGGCUCACAGAUCGCACUUAAUGACUCACUUUUUAGGAACUAAUGGCCACAUAAAGAGCACAUAAGUGUUAAAUAUAUAAUUUAUUAGCAAAAUGAUAGUAAAGAUAUUCAAAAUUUCAUCCAGCCCUAUUUACAAGUGAAUAGUAAGUGGUGUGCAUAUAGUGUUCAUGUAUUUUGUGUUUUACACUACAGCCAGUAAGCAUCCCCAAUGCAAAUAUGACCAAACAUGCACUGAACACAUGAUGUUUAUAAAGUUAGUGGAACUGAUGAUAUAUGAUUCCUAUUUUUCAGAGUAACACUAUAGUUAAGUAUUCCACAUAGUAAAACUUUUUUUCCACAUAGUAAAAUUUUUUUAUUUUUGUUUUGCAAAGUUUUAUUUUCUUCUGGAUUAAAUAAAUGAAUGUUUAAAGGACCAGAGGGGAAAAAAACAUUCAAAUGUUUUGAUGUUACAUUCUACAUACUGUAAAGCUAUCAGUGUAGUUUGAAUAUAGCUCUCUUAUGGUAGAUUUCUUUUGACACUUUUAUUAUUUGAUGCUUUUUGAACAUAUUAAGAUAAACAUUGCAGUUUUUAAGACUUAAUAGUUUACACUGAUGAUGUAAUGGUUUUGAUGGUUUCAAGUUACACCGUCUCAGACUACCUUCAAAUGCAAUAAUCAUAAACAUCAUUACAAGUCUAUUAUAGCUGUUUUUAUAAUGGGCAGAAAUGUUAUUGCACAUAAUUGUUAUUUGUCAACCAUAUUAAAAUAAACAAAAG